GGCGGGAGCCGCACGCAGCCACCGCGGGGCGGGGCGGCUCUGCCAGCGUCGCGCUGGGCCGGGCGGGCUGGGCCGCGCUGCAGCGCCGGCGGCUGAUUCGGAGGCAGCGGCGGGGGAUGGACGAGGGUACCUGCGGCGGCCAGCGGCGACGGGCGGCCCAGAUUGCAGCCUCUGUUUAAGUAUUGGGAAGGCUCUGGAUCUUCUUCAACAAGACAGACGUUGAAUGUUUAGCAUCACCUCUUUGGAUUUUUGAAUGUGAAUUGGAGCCACUUUAUUUCUAGGAACCAAAUGGGAAAUCUUUUAAAAGUUCUCACUUGCACAGAGCUUGAUCAGGGGCCAAAUUUUUUCCUUGACUUUGAAAAUGCGCAGCCCACGGAUGGAGAAAGGGAGGUCUGGAACCAGAUCAGUGCAGUUUUACAGGACUCUGAAAGCAUGCUUGCAGACCUUCAGGCUUACAAAGGAGCUGGACAAGAAAUUAGAGAUGCAAUACAAAAUCCCAAUGAUAUCCAGCUGCAAGAAAAAGCAUGGAAUUCAGUCUGUCCCCUGGUUGUAAGGCUAAAGCGCUUUUAUGAGUUUUCACUCAGAUUAGAGAAAGCCCUGCAGAGUUUACUGGAAUCCUUGACAUGCCCUCCCUACACUCCAACUCAGCACCUGGAACGAGAACAGGCUCUAGCAAAAGAGUUUGCGGAAAUCUUACAUUUUACUCUUCGUUUUGAUGAACUUAAGAUGAGGAACCCAGCAAUUCAGAAUGACUUCAGUUAUUACAGGCGGACAAUAAGUCGCAACAGAAUAAACAACAUGCAUCUAGACAUUGAGAAUGAAGUGAACAAUGAAAUGGCCAAUAGGAUGUCCCUGUUCUAUGCAGAAGCCACACCGAUGCUGAAAACCCUCAGUAAUGCAACAACACAUUUUGUAUCAGAAAACAAAACAUUACCAAUUGAAAAUACAACGGACUGUCUAAGUACUAUGGCCAGUGUGUGUAAAGUCAUGUUGGAAACACCAGAGUACAGGAGUAGAUUCACCAGUGAAGAGACCCUUAUGUUCUGCAUGCGAGUAAUGGUGGGAGUUAUUAUCCUGUACGAUCACGUCCAUCCUGUGGGAGCUUUCUCAAAGACAUCAAAGAUUGAUAUGAAGGGAUGCAUAAAAGUUUUAAAGGAACAACCACCUGACUCUGUGGAAGGACUCCUGAAUGCUCUCAGGUUCACUACAAAACACCUGAAUGAUGAAUCUACUUCAAAACAAAUUCGAGCUAUGCUGCAGUAGUACCAAGAGACAAGUAGAUGUUUGUAUUGAUCACAGAAGAUGUGUAUGUUUACAUAAUUUAAUACAGUUUGAUGUUAAUACUUGUGUGUAUUUACAUAACCAUUUUCUUCACACUGCUAAAACAUAUGAAUCUCUUCGUAACCUGACUGACUUAUAUAGUGCAACCUAAGUUUUUUUUCUAGCCUUUAUCUUUUGACUUUUAAAAUACUUUUUUACUUAGAUACUUCAGUUAUGACACUUUACCUGUGCAUUUUAAUCCUUAAACACCUCCUCUAUCGGAUAAGUAACAGUGAAGACAAAAUGGAAAUCAAAUCAAAGGUACCACAGAAAAGGAACUUUAAAGAAGAAAGUUAAUAUAAGAGAAAGCAAACUUCAUUUGGUAUGUUUUAAGAAUAUGUGCACAGUGUUUUUGGUCAGUUUUAAGAUCUUGUCAAAUUAGUAUGUAUAGGAGAAUACCGGAAUGUUCAUCACUCUCAUAAAAUGCAUUGUCUUUCCUGUAAUAAGUGAAGAUCCACCUAAUUUUAAGGAUUAUAUUCUGUCUGGCAUCCAAAAAUGUAUUUCAAACAAGUAAUUUUACAGUAUAACCCAUGCCUUUCAACAACUGAGGAAAUUCAUAUCCUUUUUCAGAUGUAGUAUAAAUAAACAGAAAAUAUGCUUAAAGAUCGUUGUUAGAUUUUGAAAACUCUGUAUAAUUUUAUUAGAUUUAGAAAGGAAAGGGAAAAUACUAAUGCCUUGACUUAACUGGAAAAAGUUUGUCAGUGUAAAUAUAUCACAGUGAGCAUUAACUACCAGACAGCUCUAGCCAGUAAGUAAUUUUUUGGGUGAUCUAAACUAGUCCACUCUUCUGUAGCAAACUUCCCUGGUGUCAAAUCGGCCACAUCAGACCAGAGAUGGUUUAAAUUUAAGAGCUGAUCUGUUCUUAGGAGCUCCAUUAAGUUCCUGAUAGUGUUAUUCAUUAAAUGAUUCAGAGUCAACACAAAAAUAAUUAUCAGCUGACUGCUCUUCACUGACUUUUGAGAUGUGAUACUUCAAGAAGUUAAAGUUCCUUGCUGAGUUUCUGGUAGAUUUUCCAGUUAAUGGAAUAGAAAUACUUUGCCAAAAGCAGCAAAGUGCUCAUGCUCUGUUAAGUGUGUCUACUGGGUGGUCUGCAGUUGCUGUACAUAUUCUUGCAGAAGUCACGUUCUGAAAAUGUGUUUGAUUUUGUGUACUUUGCUUGCAUGUAUGUGUGGAAACUCCAGUGCUUGUGCACAGAUUCAGAUUUGUAUUUGCUUAUUGCCAUAUAGAUAAAUCAGGGUUUGUGUGCUUUCACUGGAAUUUUCAUGCAAUCUCUUCUAAAAACAUUACCUUAAGACUUUGAAGAUGCAUUUGGUGUGCUGGAACUCGGCUGCACUGUGGCAAACUGUGUCAUUGAACUCAGUCCUUAAAAAAUAUUAAUGUCACAAGUUCUCUGGAGUAGGGAUUGACUUGAGAGCUUAUUUCUGAGCAGAGCAACCCCUGUGAGGUUUCUUAGACCUGAUCAGAAACCACAGGUGCCAAUGUCAUGCAUGUCCUGAUACUGGACAGCACCACAGUGUCAUCCAUCAUUCAUGUCACAGCUCUGGAGCUGCAGCAGGCGGUUGCUUUAUUGUUGUUGGAGAGUUAGAACUCACUCACAUUAGAUCUUUUUCUUUUUGUGAAAGCAAUGACCACACUUUUUUCACAGUAGUAAAUCCACUGUUUACAGGCUCCAUUUUUAAUGGGGGGACAUUUAAAAAUGUAUGUUAGGGAAAAUCCUGCUUUGUUCAUAGUCACUUCCCAUUAGGUAAAUUAGGUGGAUGACAGGCCAUUCUGUUGAGCUUUGGUAACUGAAGUUAAUAUAUGCUUACCUGCAUUUUUUUGUCAAUGAAGUCUUAAAUCUUUAAGUAGCCCAGAGAAAAACUAUUUGUCACUUGUAUAAUAAAAAUGUAAACCUUAAAACAUUCUGUGAGUUGUCAUGUGCUGUUUGCUGAAGUUACAGGAUUUCUUUGCCUGCUUUGAUGUUUUUGUACAGAAGUUUGUUUGAAAUAAUAAAAAAUUUGGUACAGUAAA